CUCCAUUUUGCCGUCUCCAACCUCAAUAUACAUGUCCAUACCAAGGCCCAAAGAAAUAACAGAAACAAAUCUAUAUCGAUACAAUCGAUGAUUUAUGCAAAAGUAGCCUACAGAAAAAGGAAGAAAGCUCUCUUCCUGUUGAGUGGGUAAAAAAGUGACUAUAAAAAGGUGAAAGGUUCGGUCAGUUCUUGGUUCUCAUACUCUACAGAUGUUCGUGAGGUUUAUCCCUGCUUGCAUGAGUCUAUCUCAAAAACCCACCAAUUUGAACUAUCUUUCCGACCACAUUGCAUUACACAAUUACAAAAGAAAAAUAAGAACUUUGUGCACCAAACGACUUCAGAUACCACCAUCUACUUCUGGAGAUGCUGGUGGCUUGCGUGUCUUUGUCCUCUCUGACUUGCAUACAGACUAUGCAGAGAAUAUGGAAUGGGUGAAGUCCAUUUCUACUGCGAGACAUAAAAAAGAUGUUCUUCUCGUUGCGGGUGACGUAGCAGAAACAUACGACAACUUUGUUUUGACUAUGCGUCUCUUGAAGGAUGGAUUUGAGCAUGUCUUCUUCAUACCAGGAAACCAUGAUCUUUGGUGUCGUCGGGAUGGAGAAGAUUAUGAAGAUUCUCUUGAAAAGCUAAAUAGGUUGCUUGAUGCGUGUAGAGAACUUGAAGUUGAGACCAAUCCUAUGGUGAUAGAUGGCUUGGGAAUCAUUCCUAUAUUCUCCUGGUACCACGAGAGCUUUGAUCGAGAGAAGGAUGUAGCUGGCCUCCGUAUCCCGUCUUUGGAGAUGGCAUGCAAGGACUUUCAUGCAUGCAAGUGGCCUGUGGAACUUUCAAAUCGGGAUACCUCCCUUGCUUUGUACUUCGAUGCAAUUAACAAAAAAAAUAUGAAUGUGAUAAAGGAAAUCCAGAGGGCUACAAGCCAAAUAAUUACAUUUUCUCACUUUGUUCCCAGGCAAGAGCUAUGCCCAGAGAAGAGGAUGUUGUUCUAUCCCAAUCUCCCAAAAAUUAUUGGCUCCGAUUGUCUCGAGGUUCGCAUAAGAUCUAUCCAUAGAAGCCAGGGAAGUGCAUUUGCCUGUCAUGUGUUUGGUCAUACCCAUUUCUGCUGGGAUGCUGUGCUUGAUGGUAUCAGGUAUGUACAGGCACCAUUGGCUUACCCAAGAGAACGGAAGAGGAGAAUGAAUGGAGGGGAAAACUGGCUGCCGUUUUGCAUCUUUAGUGAUGGCAAGUUUGCUGAUAAACUCUCGCCCUGCUAUUGGUCUGAUUAUUACUCUGCCAACCCAAGAACCCCUCACAAUACUGAGCUUGCUCCUUGGGUUGCCAGAUUCUAUAAACAAACUUGACCCCAUUUGUUUCCAUUAUCUAUUCUUCUUUACCCUAGUUAGUACUUUCUAAAACCUUCAAUAUGUUUUGACACCUACCUGCAAAAUGAUAGCAUAAUUGUUUUUUUAAUAUAUAUAAAAAUACCUAAUUUGUGACGGA